AUGCAUCUGUUUACGGUCAAGUCUCAGUGGAAUAUUGGUGCCAUUUUGUCCGCGCCAUCUUUGUGGAGUCUCGGAAAUAAAAUCCCCACAUCUGAGACGGCCUCCACUAGAAUCCCCACAUGUGAGACGGCCUCCACAAGAAUCCCCACAUGUGAGACGGCCCCCACAAGAAUCCCCACAUCUGAGACGGCCCCCACAAGAAUCCCCACAUGUGAGACGGCCUCCACAAGAAUCCCCACAUGUGAGACGGCCCCCACAAGAAUCCCCACAUCUGAGACGGCCCCUCACAAGAACCUCCCACAUCUGGAGACGGUUUCCACAAGAAUCCCCACAUCUGAGACGGCCUCCACAAGAAUCCCCAUGAUAACUACCUCCGACCCCACCUUCGACUCUACCUCCGACUCUACCUCCGACUCUACCUCCGACUCUACAUCCGACUCUACCUCCGACCCCACCUCCGACUCUACCUUCGACUCUACCUCCGACUCUACCUCCGACCCCACCUCCGACUCUACUCCGACUCUACCUCCUGACUCUACUCUCCGACUCCUACCUCAGACCCCACCUCCGACCUCUACCUCCGACCCCACCUCGACUCCCACCUCCGACUCUACCUCCGACUCUACCUCAGACUCCCACCUCCGACUCCACCUCAGACUCUACUCAGACUCUACUCUCGACUCCCACCUGACUCCCUACCUCCGACUCUACUGA